ACUCUGAAGACCAGGGCCAUGGACACACAAAAUUCGGAGAAGGCAGCCAUAAAGAUUCAGUCAUGGUGGCGUGGCAACAUGGUGCGCCGGUCGCUACUGCAUGCAGCUCUCAGGGCCUGGGUCAUCCAGUGCUGGUGGAGGUCGGUGCAGGCCAAGAUGCUGGAGCAGAGACGGCGCCUGGCACUAAGACUCUACACCUGCCAGGAGUGGGCAGUGGUGAAGGUGCAGACGCAGGUCCGAAUGUGGCAGGCCCGCAGACGGUUUCUCCAGGCGCGCCAGGCAGCCUGCGUCAUCCAGUCUCACUGGCGCUGGCACACCAGCCAAACCCGGGGCCUGAUUCGGGGACGCUAUGAGGUCAAAGCUAGCCGGCUGGAGCUUGACAUCGAAAUCCUCUUGACCUAGGGAGCUAGCAGAGCCAAGGAGACUGGAUCUCUCUUCCAAUAAAGACACUUA